AUGGUUCUCGCGGUCGAUCUCCUCAACCCUACUCCUCAGAGUGAGGCUCGCAAGCACAAGUUGAAGACCCUUGUGCCUGCUCCUCGCUCUUUCUUCAUGGACGUCAAGUGCCCAGGAUGCUUCACAAUCACCACCGUCUUCUCACACGCCCAGACCGUCGUCAUCUGCGCCGGCUGCUCGACCGUUCUUUGCCAACCUACCGGUGGUAAGGCCCGUCUGACCGAGGGCUGCUCUUUCCGACGCAAGUAA